UUUUCGAAAGCUCACCCUGGAGUACCCACGGUACGUACGGCCCUAGUAUGUGCUCUUGCUACUAGCCAACUAAAUUAAAGGAGAUAAGCAUGCAGUCUACGCAGUGGUAUCCACUGCAAGAGGUCAGCUCAAACUUUCAAGAUGGGAGCACGGCAGAUGUGAGAAACCACUCGUGUCUACAGCCAUGCGACACACCUGAACAUCCAUGCACACCCACCCACGACCAAAGUUCUCAGACAGUGGAUCUCACCAUCACUUCAUAUUUGACUGACUCCCCACCCAAACACUUCCCACCAAUACAACUAGACUCGUCCAACGACAAGCACUCACAGUUAUCGCAACAGCACAGCAGUUCUCAUCACACAGCGAUAGAGUCUUAUUAUAGUAGCCCUGCUCUACUCAGGCACACUGGCAUUCAAACUCCCUCCCCGCACUCAAGCACCCAUAGCUUCCCUAUUGCAUCCUCCGGUCAUACAAAGCAUUACCCCCCAAUGGUUGUCCUCAACGAUCUCUCACCCAAGCCUCAGCCAUCUCCGAAUGAUUCGCCUGUCUCUUCAACCUCUUCCUUUGUGUGCAAGGGUGUUGAUAACAGGCUACUAGCACAGCAAGUAUCUCUGCUGAAAUUAGACAAGCUAUGGCAUCAGUUUCUGACUAGUUCGCUUCAAAAACAGAAUGUCUCUUACCCGACCUGCACGUGUGGAGCCAUGUAUGCCGAACAGCCAUCAACAUUGAAUAAGCCAAACACACGUUCAAUACAUACAGCAACUGAAACCUUUCCACAAACUAGUGACUUGCAUCAUCAAUUCCAGUCUCUGUCACUAACUACCCCUCAACUGGUGAACAGAUCAGUACAGACCUCUCAAAAUGAUAUCCGCCCUACCUCAAAACCAGUAGCCUUUACAAUACCAGCCUCUCAGUCAAUACAUGAGUAUCACCAACAUCAAGAAACUCCCAGACAAGCUGUCAGCUUCUCAAUACCUCCACCUCCCUUCAUUAACAGGUCCUCUCAUGUGCUAGCUACACACCCUACUGAACAUUAUGUCCCAAGACUUAAUACUAUCAGUUCGUCAACGACUGCACUUACUCACCCAACUACACCGUUUGUGGCCACUCCUCCAAACCAAGCUCUCUUCACUGCUAAUCACGACCAACCCGAUACAACCUCUUCACAAUCAUUGGAUGCUCCAGUGGACACAAUGUCUUUGUCCGAAGCAUUUUCUCUUCAACGACCCGGCUUUAUCCUCCGCAGUCAGAGGCGGGAGAGGAGAGUAAGGGAGAUGAGUGAGAUCAGGAGGGAGCGAAGAAGGCAAUCACUGUCAAGACCUGUUAAAGCUGUGCACUCGCAGUCAGUGUGCCCUACCAGUGACAAAGCAUCUCCAUCCUACUACAUCCUAUCGGGACAUGGAUUAAGACCGAGGAUGGGCCAUCGUCAAAUGUUCCGACACACCAAGAGAGCAUGGAAGGCCCUCCCUGAAAUCAGGAGGCGGGCUGAAGAGGAGCGAAAGAGGGCACAGGCGGAAAUUAACAGACUCAGGGUCAAACUCUAUCAGAAGGAAGUCUUGGCAAGGAUGAGAAACGGACUCGGGCUUAAACUCUAUCAGAAGGAAGACUUGGCGAGGAUGAGAAAAAGAAGUGCAAGAGAGAACUGAUUAUAACGAACAUAAUUAUAUAGUGUUUUUCUUGUAUGGUGGGUGACUUUUUCUUCUCUCUCUAUGUUCCAAGCAAAAACCUGAGUGUGUGCAUCAUACAAUACUUCGUGUAAUGUACAUGUAUGUAAUGAUUCAAUUUGAAACUACA